GAUACGAGACUGGAUCGUGCCUCAGUCGCGGACGGAAGGUGGUGGGGUGCGGUACAAGUCCUAGGGAGUAGUGUAGUUAGUGCGGUUACUUUUUUUUUUUACGUUUAUUUUGUGAUAAUUUUGAGUUUUUCUACCGGACACUUGCUGGAAAAUUGUGCGCCGAGGCAGUAAAUAAGUAAGCUAUCCACGGCUAGUAAAGAGUGUGUGCGUGUGCUCCUUCGUGCGUGAGUGCGCGCAGACACACGCAGACAAUGGAUAGUGGCAGUGCGAGCAGCGGUGGAACGUCGGAAGCAGCGAAGCCGGAGGCUGCUGCGACUACGGCAACCUCGCCGCACCCGGGGUGUGGCUGCGCCGCGUCGGCGUCUGCGUCUUCCUCGUCGUCGUCAUCAAGCCUGACCGUCAGGGUCACCCCGACGACGGGCGGGCAGUUCGAUUUGCAGGCUUCGAAGACGGACACAGUUGAGACACUGAAAAAACUGAUUUCGAAAAAGCUGAAAGUGCCCAAGGAGCGCAUAUGCCUGUUACACAGGGACAGGCAACUGCGCGAAGGAACUUUGCAAGAAAACCAGCUUGUGGACGGUAGCAGACUAACCUUAUUACCCAGUGUCGAGACUGGUUUACUGGCGCAGCGGCCGGAGCAGAGCGUGAUGCAGGCCCUGGAGAGCCUCAACGAUUCACAGGUGAACGACUUCCUGUCCGGCAAGGCGCCACUGAACCUGACAAUGCGCCUGGGCGACCACAUGAUGCUGAUCCAGCUGCAGCUGUCGACGGUGACGCCGAGCGGCGGGCGGCGCUCCGGCGCGUCGCCGUCCACGUCGGGGGCGAGCAGCACGUCGCGGGUGGCGGCUCCCGCCGCCAGCACCUCCAGCGCCGCCCCCGCGCCCGCCGCCUCCCGGCACGCCCACUCUCACGCCCCCUCCACUUCCUCCUCCACCGCCGCCGCUAGCAAACCGUCGCCCUCGCCGUCGUCGUCCGCCGCCGCCGCCCCCGAGAUCUGCCGGUGCGACAGCUCGUCGUCCGCCUCCGGACCCGCCUCCGCUGCCGCGGCCGCCGCCAGACCCACGCUCGACACCCGAGCCCUUGCCGAGGCGUCGCGCAAUCUGACGCAGACGCUCAAGCAGCUGUCCUCAGAGGACAAUGCAAGAGCACGAAGACAAGGCGCUAUAAUAGAAUCCAUGCACCAUCAUGGCAAGGGAGUGUACUCGGGCACAUUUUCUGGUACCCUGAAUCCAGCACUUCAAGAUAGAUUCGGACGGCCGAAACGUGACAUCAGCACUAUAAUUCACAUUUUAAAUGACCUGCUGUGUGCCACCCCCCAGUACCGCCGACACGCAAGUCGUACACAACAACAACAGCAGCAGCAGCAACAGCAGCAGCAGCCACAACAGCAGCAGCAACACCACCACCAUCAUCACCACCACCACCAGCAGCAGCAACACCACCAUCAACAGCACCAGCAGCAUGCUGCAGGAUCACAUGCCAGUACCUCAGCAGCUGUUGCAUCUUCUUCAGCUGUGGCUGCAGCAGCAGCAGGAGCAGGAGCUUCUCCAGUGCCUGGAAAGCUAAUAACAACAGCCAACAAGGUUCCACAUGUAGCAGCUAUCCAGUCUUUAUCAGACGAAUCUGCAAACCUUUCUCGAGAGAACCAGGCGACUCGUGGCAAGAUGGAACACUUGCGCCUGAUCAUGGAAGAACGGCGAGCACGCAGACGUGCCAGACGCGAAGCUAGGGCCGCACCCUACACAACUCAGUGGUCUGCCAAGUCUGAGCAGCUGGCCCCACAGUCAGGUGUCGAGCCGAUGGAUACAACAAAUUCUGCAGAGCAGAGUGCCCCGAGUACCACUACUGCAGACGUGGGGCCACCUGAGCCUGUAGUAGCCUGACCUGCAGCAACUGUAGGUGUUCCUGUGUAAUGGGACAGGCACUGGUGCCUACCUGAGGAGCUAAAGUCUCUCCAGCUUGCAAAAGUUGGAGGUCAGUCACUCUGGUGUUUCUUGUGCUGCAGCCAAUACCACAGAAUUUUAUGUAUUCCGGUAAUUUCUUUGGUAGAUAUUAAUGAAACACUCGUCAAUGUGCAAGCUUUUAAAGUACUCGAUAGCCUGUUGUUCAGAGUUAAGACUUAAACACCAUUCACUUGUAGGAAGAUGCGAUUUGUAAUGUAAUGUGUGUUACAUGAAAACUGUGCUGUGAGGUUGUUUUCCUCUCAUUUAUUCCAAGAAGGCUACACUUUAUGUACUGUGCAAGAAUGAAUUAUGUAUAUUUAUUUGCUAUUCCUACUGAUAGUUUCCUAAUAAAUGUGUUCUUAGAUUUCUACCUCUGUUAUUAAAAGCUCAGAGUUGGGCUGCUGAAGUUUGAAGGACCGAAGUUACUCAUUUACUUAAUAAGCACAUCAGUUUAAAAAUAAGUUUCCUCUUUAUUUGCCGAUGUCUUUGUAUGUAUUUGCAGAUAACUUUAUAUGGGCCAUGCAUUUUAGUGUAAUAAAAGUUAUGUUAGAUUUGCUCUUUCCGGUGAAAACUCCUGGAGGUUAAAAAAUGACUAAAUGAAUAAAUGCUGAUAAAAAAGAAUGUUUAUGUAAAUUUUUCUUGGGUGUUUAUGCAUCUGGAGCUUAAAUCCAUUUCUGUUUGAGUGCUUGAAAAACUGUUAUUCAGUAUGAAAUUCUCUAGCUCCUGGACAAUGUUGUUAUAUUUCUGUAGUGUAAUCUAUCUGCUUUGAGAUACAGCUGUCUUUUGAGUAACAAUCAUUUAAGAAAAUACGCAGUUCCUGUGGCAGCAAUGAGGGAGUUGUACUGGAUGGAACUGAAGCAUUAUUAAAUGUUUUGUAAUGCUUGGAUUUUGUGUGCAUGUAUAGCUGCAUCCAUUAAAAGAUUUGCAUUAACUUCACAUCCUGUAAAAUUACUUGUGGAGGAAAAAAUAGCAAUGAGAGGAAAUACGACCAUGCUACUGCACUAAUAGAUCCCUUAGAUUUAAAAAUAAGAAAAAAAUGUUGGCAUCAUUUCAGGGUGAAAAUGAGGAUAGUAAAGCAUGUUUAAAUCAUCAUUUGCAUGAUCGAAGCGCCCCUCUUAAAAGCAUUGUUUCAAAAACUUGAGGAAAGCUCAAGCAUUGAGGCAGUGUGUGUGUGUGUGUGUGUGUGUGUGUGUGUGUGUGUGUGUGUGUGUGUGUAAAACCUGUAACAAGAGUUCAUGUAAAGUACUUUAUUUUUUUUUUUUUUUUUCCUUGUGAAGGGAAGAAAGUGAUUCAGAAAAUGGAGGUUUAUUCGUUUCUGUGAAUGUCAAGCCCAUCGAUAGUUUAGUGGAAGCCGCAUUCUGUGACUUUCCAUAUCAAUACUAGUUUGUGUCCCAAUUAGUUCAAAAGUUCUUGUGGAGUGACUCACUACAGUGAAUUUGUUUUAGAAAGUGGAGCAAGAUAUAUUAACAAUGUAUUAUACUGUAUAGUGUAAUGUAUUAUAUUACUGUAAUUGCAUUUCUGAAGAUGAAGAUGUCUGUAGAAUGUUUACAUAUAUUUAGUAUCAAACAGUCGUAUCUUGCAUUGUAUGUAUGUUUUAACUUUGCAUUCAUAUUUCUCGUGCAUUGUAAAACAGUUAGUAUGAGAGAGAUACAUAUAUUCAUUAUGUUGUUAAAUUUGUUUUAGUUUUAUGUAAUUUCAUUUUAAGAUGAAGAUAGUGAUGUACAAAUCAGUCCUAAAUGCUUUGUUUUAACUUAAAUAAUUUAACACUUUGUUGAAUACAACCAAGACAAAAGAAACUAGAUUUUUGUGAUGAAAUUCAAUAAAAAUACUUAUGGAAGGUGAACUUUUAAACCAACAAAGAUUUAUUUAAUCUGAAAGCUUUUCUGUUAAGACUGUUUGACAGAGGUACAUUAAAGUGUGAUAUAUAACAACAUAUAAACCAGGAGCCCAGUACACUCUAAGCUUUAUGUAAACAAUAUAAAGGAGAGCUUUAUCUGUUCAAAUUGUAAUUCGCUUGCCUUUGUCUAAAUAUUUAUAAUACACUACUCUUCUACACUGGCAAAUUGUUUUUAAUUUGACUGGUAAUGUGGUUAAGAUUUAAGAAAGUAGUAAUGCAUGGAAUAUCAGUUACUGGAAAGGUUGGAGAGGUUAUUAAUCAAAGAACACUCUCACAUGUAUAACACCAGUACCCCUGCUAUAUUCUCUGAGAAAGUUGCAAACAUUGCUCAGACUUAAAUAGAAAGUCUGUGGUCUUACUCAAAUUGUCUACCUCCAGACUUACUCAAUAAAUAUCAGGAAGAGAGGUAAAUCAGUAGAUUUGUCAAAUCAUAGAUAAAGUUAAGUUGAAUUUCACCAUAAAUUUAAGUUUCUUUAAAAAUUUAAAACUGCAUGUGCUUUCAUGUAUCAUGAAAGUACUGCUUCACAGCUGCAUAGUAAGAAAAAAAUAUAUAUAUAUUAGUAUGGAAUUCAGAAUAAUUCUGGUGUAGAUGAGUGGAAGCUUUCUUCACUCGUUACUUGGGUUUCUCUAGCUUGUAGUGAAAUACAUCUAACAUCUGUAGAGCAUUGUAGUCAUGGAAUCAAAUUCAUACACAAUCGCAUUUUAAGAAUGGUUGUUCAAGUAGGGUAACAAAUAGUGUAAUGGUUAUUGGCAUUUAGUUCCUGGAAAUAAUUUUCUUUAAUUUUGUAAAUAAAUCAGUUAAAGCGACAAAUCACUUUAGUUGCUUAAAGUGAGAGAUACUGGCCGUUUUCAUGUCAUACAUUAUUAUAGCUACUAUUAUUUGUGAAUGAAGUUCAGUGACCAGUUCACAUAUUAAAAUGAAAGAAAUUGUGAGAAUUGUGCUGUGAUUUCUUUUAGUCUGGAAUAAAUCAACCAUAUAAUCCCAUUUAGCAGUUAAAGGAUAUAUGUGCCGAAGUGGAAACUGGACAAUGUUGUGUUCAAAGGUCAUGUAGAAGUAAGGCAUAUUUUUACGAUAAUAAAUUAUGGAGAUAACUUACACUGCAAGGCAAUUGUUCUUCACUUUACGUCGAUUAGAGUAAAUAAAUUUUGUUCUUCCUGGUUU